CUCGAGUACGUCCUGAAACAAGCGGGCGAUACUCCUCUCAAACUUCAUAUCCUGGGCCCACUACAGGAUGGGAUGAUGGAGCUCCUAGCAUCGUCUGGUCACCCAAUUCAGGAUAUGACGGUGGCGUUUGCCAGUGGUCCUCCCUCGAUCGGUACUGGGAUACUCUCAGGGUUCAAUACCGGGCCACUGAGACAGUUAUAUAUAACUGCAGUAAAUUCUGAGCCCGAAGAUGUCAAAAAGUUCCUGGAUAUGGCGUUACGGUCGACUCAAAAGGACCUCCAUCUCGGUAUCUUCUUGGAAGAGGACCAAAAAUCC